AUGCUGGUGCGGUCGUCAUCGUCGCGCGCAUCGAAGCCGACGCGCCACACGUGGAUGGCGCUGAUGAUGGAUGAGUGUGCCACCAUGGCACCGCUGCACAUCGCCGUCUUUGUGCAGCGCACCUUUGAAGACAGCUGCCGGGUGCCAGCUAAGGGCUCAGCAGGGCAGACGGCAAGCAUCGCCAACAGUGACACGCAGUCCUCAGUCGUGGCGCAUUGGAGCUCCUCGUGUGCCUCUUCUUCGCCGCGGACGGUGUCUGCAUCACCUUCCGGGUCGAUUGCCGGUUCGCCGGCGGCGAAGGCGCGCGCGUGGGCUGCAGUGGCACGCCUCCUGUGCGAGAGCGGUGACUGGGUUCGUGCAGCUGCUGUCGUCGAUGGGCUUCCGUUGUCUGUGCAGUGGACUACCAGACACAAGGCGGCGCGAGAUGAGUGGCCGCUGCCCCCGUCCGUGAGAGAGGCGUGGGGGCGGGCACCGGAUGCACUGGCGGUAAAUCAAACAGCGGCAAAUCAGGCGACGGCAGCGACGCCGCUCUCCUCCACCCCCGCAAAAACCGCUGCGGGACCCGUCCAGAGUUUUGCUUCACAGCCGUGUGAGGCCCUUGCGGCUUGUCGCACCGCCGAACUUGUGCGCGUGGCCUACAGUUUGAGCCGGCCGCGCGCGAUAGACGCCGCGUCGACCCUCUUGGCCGAUACGCCUGCGGCAUCCCUGCCAGGGCUCAAGUCGGAGCAGCAGGCGCUUGUUGCGGAGCUGCGCCGUCGUGGUGCCGUGUUGGAAGUGGUGCAGUGCGUUGUCAACUGGCAGCGGCGGCACCUCGCACUCACCGACGCGGAGGAGGCGACCACCACCACCGCCACGUCGGCCGACACGCGUGCAGGCACGUUUGACGGGCUGAGGGCGGUGAAGGAGGUGCUCUUCCCCUUUGCGCCCACCCGCGGCGGCGGCGCACAUCAGCUGAGCGGCGCGGCGCGUGCCGUCGAUUCAGCGUUUGAGCGUCGCUCCUCUGAAAGGAGCGGUCGACCGCCGCUGUACGCGCUCGCGCAUCUGCAAGUGAUCCGCCAAGUGGCUGCCAGCCACCCCAUCAUACUCGCCCGCUGCCUGUGCGACAGGACUGUCGUGGAUCGACUGCUGUGCCACGCAGGCGAAGGGGUUGUUGCUGAGGUGGCCCUGCUGCUCAUGAAGCGCAUCGCAGGCGUAGGCAGCGACGGGGCGGAUCGAGGACCACCGGUGCAGGCGCCUCUCGGCGAAGGUGAAGGAGUUGGAGCCCAGUUCACGAAGGAGUCUGCCGCGUCUACGCGUUGGCCAAGGCCACACGCAGCCAACCCCAAUGUGUCUGCCGCUGCCGGCCCCGCAUUGCUGCUCUCGCAGGCUGCGUCGAAGCCCGCGCCAUGCGAAGACGUCGCAGCCGCGGCGACGUGCUGGCGGGCACUGGCGGCGCUGCUCUUCCCUCUCCACCCAUACAUCCAUGCCCAAUCCAAGACCGGCAAGGAAAAGUUUUUGUCGGCCUUGCUUGCGGCACUCGACGAGACAAAGCACAUGAUCGCUGCGGACCGCGUGCACUCCAGACCCACGUCGAGCGCCGCUGGCUGCGGGGUCUCUGUAUCGCUACCGGCACAGGGUGGUACGAGGGUACAUCGCGGUUGCAGGAUGCCUGUCGUGCUUUCCGACAAGGCGCGUUAUGCCAUAAAGGCUGCAGUGGAGUCGGUGUGCUCGCCGCUACUGAGCCACGAGCCGCAGGUGCGUUUUAUUCGCCUACACAUGUUUGGCCAGCUGGCGAAGGCGCUCGGCGAUCUGGGUGUACCUGUGCCGAACGCACUGGCUCAAUGUCUGUUCCUGUGCAUGGCAGACACGGUGGGCCCACCAUUAUCUUUGGGCGCUUCGGACGCCUCUAGCGAUUCUGUGACCACGUACCUCUCUUGCGCCCCAUCGGUUCGCUGGCUGCACGCGCUAGCCAUGCUGGAGGCCGCCCACAGAGCGUCCGCGUACCGCAUCUCCGCCGCUCACGAGCGCGCGAUCCUCAGCGGACUGCAGAGCAUUUCCAUCACGCGCACGUGGACCUCUGCCCUGCGCACCGUUGCCGCCUUCGAGAUGAGGUACCAGCUAAUGCCUGACGAGCGCACUCUGCCAACGCUCCUCCUCAACUUCAAGCAGCAGUCGUGGCAGGACGCCUUCCGCGUGCUGCGGUACGUUCCUGGUGGUGAGGCUGACCAUGCCUCGCCGUCGAUCUUACGAGACUUGCAGCUGGUCGCACUCAAGCACGCUUCGUGGGUGGUUCCACUGCGCCUCAUGACGCACCUGCAGCACCGCCAGGCGGACGGCUUCAUGAACUACCUCUACUGCUUGUGUGCGGCAGCCCGCAGUGGGAGGACAGAGCUGGCUUUGCACUUCUUUCGGUCGCUGAGGCACGGACGGGGCCGGCACUCGGCUUCGCUUUCGCUCUCUCCGUACAAUGAGCUGACGGUGGCCGUCGCGGCGGUGGCGAUGUUGGACUACGACCAAGCAGAGGCGUUGGUAUCCUUCAGUGCGCGUGUGGCGGCCAUGCGUGCGGCUGGCGACACAGCAGCUGUAGCAGUCGAAGCGGCGGCAGAGCCAGGCAGUCCUCUGCUCACCGUUGAUGGACGACGCAUGACUCAGGCGGCGCACGCGUGUGCGCUACUCGCGCUGCAUCGCCAUUGCGAUUUGGCGUCUUUCCUACAGGAAUGCACGGCGACGUCGCUGCCGGCGGUGCUGCGGCGGGUGGUAGUGCUUCACUGCCUUCUGGGACUGGGUCACCUGCACGCGCCUGUGCGCCUCGUCUUCGACGUUAUCGGCUACCAGGGCAGCAUGCUGCCGGCGAACGCGGUGCCACGUCCGCCGGGGGCGGAUCAGAGCCCCGAGAAGGUGUUCCUCACUGCCGUGGCGGCCGAUCAGCAGCGCGACGGUACUUUCGAGACGCGGCAGCGUGGUACAGCAGAGCGUCGCCAGCGCCUGUACAUACCCGUAGCGCACCAGCGACGCCAGAAGAAGGCGCUGGCGACGGCAUGGGGGCGGUUCAUGAGAGACCAGGAGGCCGCUCUGCCGCCGCAUGUCACUCACCUCGUUGCGGAGUCCAUGGUGGAGGAGGGGGUGGGGGCCGAGUAUCUGACAGCAGCUCUGCUGUAG